AUGUUCCACCACAUCAUAUCGUUCUGCGACAACGCAACGCUCUUCCAGCUUAUGCGCGCAUCACCUGCCACGCGCGAAGAAGCCGCCAAAACCUUCUGGUCUGACCCUGCCGUCGAAUAUCGCAUACGUGGCUCUUGGUUACUUUCUGGCGGAUAUACGGGCCUUACACAUGCCGCUCUCGAGGCUCACAAGUACAUGCAAUACAUCCUCAUCGAGCUUGGGAGUGCGAACAAGACUCUCUACGAUGACUGGGUGGAUCUCAUACGGCAUCGUACCAAGUUUUCAGAUGAGGAGGAAGCGAGACUCUACGCAGAGCACAAGAUAGCUGCGUUCUGGCAGGUACUACGCGAGUGGUGUCCCGAUGUCGUGAGCGUCGUGCUUCAUACAGACUAUAUUCUCGAAUCCGGCACAGAGCCCCCCAGCUUUCUCACGCAGCUGGCAGAAGCAUGUCCGAAUGAGAUUAAUGUCGAGGAAGCGUUGGCAGGCGAUCAAGUCUAUCAAUAA